UGGGGAGUUGUUUUGGGUUAUGUGUAUGAUGAUUGUAAUUUUCCAAAAUAUGCCACGUAUUUUUCAAUAAAUAAACCGGAAAAAUGGGAAAUUCGGGAAGUGUAGAUAUUCCUGGAGGAGGCACCGAUGGAUAUCACGUUCUCAGGGUUCAAGAAAACUCUCCAGGUGCUAAAGCAGGUUUCCAACCAUUUUUCGACUUUAUUAUAGCAAUAAAUGGCAUACGCCUUGAUAAAGAAGAUGGAACACUGAAAGAUAUAUUAAAAACUGGAAUGGGAAAAUCUCUGCCAGUAACUCUUUAUAGUUGCAAAAGUCAAGGUGUCAGAAGCGUUACAGUAGAACCAAGCGAUUCUUGGGGUGGCCAAGGUCUUUUAGGAAUUAGUAUCAAAUUUUGUUCUUUUGAAGCCGCCAAAGACAAUGUUUGGCAUAUAUUGGAAGUACAUCCGAAUUCUCCAGCCGACUUAGCGGGUCUUAAGCCAUUUUCUGACUACAUUAUUGGAUCAGAUUCAAUUAUGCAUGAAAGUGAGGACCUUUACAAUCUCAUUGAAAACCACGAUGGAAAUCCUUUAAAACUAUACGUUUACAAUUGUGACACAGAUACUUGUAGAGAAGUUACUAUCACUCCAAAUUCGAGAUGGGGAGGAGAAGGAUUAGUAGGAUGCGGGAUUGGCUAUGGAUAUCUUCAUCGAAUUCCUGUUCGUGCUCAUCCACCUUCAGAGACUCAAAAUACCACAUACGGGCCACCAGCGAAUAUACCUUCCCAGCAAAGUCAUGUGAAUGUAGCAACAACACCAGUAGCAACAUCAUCUAGUGCUCCAGUUAUAAGUAGUACAGUAAGCGCCCCACAAGAUAUUUCAAAUUUAAUACAAAAUACUGCUGGAUUGAAUCUAGGAGCACCCGCUACCACUCCAACCAGUCCUUUGACAAGUACUCCACAUUUUGUUGGAGUUUCAAAUGUAGUUCCCCCAACUUCGUUGCCUCAGUUCACUCCAAGUGUGAUCCCUAUAAGUCAACCUGCGCCUGAAACUCCAAAAUCUUAUCCCAGUCCAGCAUGUAAACUUCCCCAAAUCCCAGCUCCUCAAAUUCCAACUUCUCAAUUGUCCCAAGAUGCUACUCCUCAACCUCUCCAAAUUGCAACUCCUCAAAUUCCAAAAAGUCAGCUCACAAGCGCCAGUAAUUUACCAAAUGCCCCUCCUCUUAGCCAAUAUACUGCUCCGCCAGUAUCAAUACCCCAAUUCCCAACACUUCCCCAAAUUCCAAUGUACAAUCCAAGCAGUUUUCAACCGAAUUUGGCUCAAUUUAGCUACGGGCAACCUCAAAGUACAACAACACCAAGUCAAACGACUUAUGCACAAGGCGAAACAGUGAAUUUAAGUUACCCACCAGUUAAUUAUCCAGCAGUAUCUGUUCCACAAACUUUUUCAGUUCCCUUACAACCCACACAGUUAAUUUAUGACCCGACUAUUGCUGCUAGAUCUGCGCAGCAACUUUUAAGUGGUAAUUUAGGGAAUGUGCCUCAAGGAAGUUAAAGACAGUUUGAAGAUUUUGAUUAUUUGUUUUUUUUUUUUUUUUUAGUUAGGGCUUAAAUAUCUGUUUACAUUUUCAUUUAAAUAAAUUCCAAAUUAUGGAAUGAGCAGUUAUAUUCACUAUUUAUGCAGCAUGGCACAUAAGUAUUACAAUAAAUUUAAUAUGAACUAGGUAUGUUACAUAGUUUAUAGUAAAUUGAAAGUAAAACUCUCAAGAAAAGUAAUUAAGUUUUAAAACUUAUUCUGAUUCAAUCAUAGAAAAACAUCUUAUUUUCAUUGGCAUUUCAUAGUUCUAUGCCUUUUUACCUAAUUCUUACAAAAUAUUGAAGCUAUAGGUAAAGCAGUAUUUGAGAAUUUUUGUAUUUAAAUGUUUUUCCAAAUACAAGCCUAUCGCCUAGGCAGUAGUCCUACUUACCAGUCACAUAAUAGAAAAUAAGGACUCUGUACAUACAUACUUGUUUAUUUUAAUUUUUAUGAGGUCUUUUCCUAAUUUUAACUUUAAAAUUUUAAAUUUUGAGGUAAAUAGGGUAUGGGAACAAAUUUUAAAAAUUUAUUAUGGUUUUCUAUAAUUACUGCAUACAAUUACAAUUCAUUAACUAAGUUCAAUGUGUGGCUUGAACAUGAAUGAUUUUUUUUGUUGUACUAUAACAUUGUAUUUGUAUUUAUUUGAAAAUAUUAAUUGAAAUAUAAAAUAUUAUCUAUAUUAUCACUGUUCAGGGGUUUUAUUUUCUUUCAAAUUUUCAGUGUUAAAAAAAUAUUGUAUUAUUCCUUCCACAUUGUGAAAUGUCAGGAUACUAACUAUAUGCUGUUAAAAAUGUAUAUCCCAACCAGAAGUUUCAUCAGGUGGAAAGUCCUUAUCCUGCUUGAAGAAAUCAAAAUUACUUGUAUCUAUAGCAUCUUUCAAUUUUGGUUUGAAGGAGGAUGGCAUUGACAAAUGUUGGAAUUUUUGCCAAUCAAAACCUAAAAUUUGUUGUUAAUUGUGAUGUCCAAAGAUUCAAACUAGGUUUCUUACCUUGGUACCAUUUAUGAGCUUUAAUAUCCCUGGUUCCUCCUCUCUGCAUUCCCAACCUUUCUGCUGGCACUGGCCUACAUAAUUUCUCGAUCAUAUUUCUGGCCUUUGGAUUCAUAUAAGUUGGAAAAUUUACAUUGUCAAUGCCAUUCAAUAUCUUAUUAUAAGUUCUCAUGUGACUGCUAUCGCCUGUACGGAAUGGUGUUCUU